AUGGGCUAUGAACUGCCGUUAACAGUAGUUACAGUUUUCUGGGCUUUAGUAGGAUGUGGAGUGCCAUUGAUUAUACCAAAGGGUCCAAAUAGGAGUCUUAUUCAGACAAUGAUAAUUAUGACAUCUAUUUGUUGUUAUUUGUUUUGGCUCAUGACUUUCCUUGCCCAGUUAAAUCCACUAUUUGGUCCGCAACUUACGAAUGAGACAAUUCGCAUAGUUCGCAAGGAGUGGUCGGUAAGGUAA